AGAGAUUUUAUCGAUCAUAGAUCUUCCCUACUGAAAAUGAAAUGCGGUUUUCUUUCCACGUGACUUGAGAGUCAGCGAGAGGGACUUUCCCCUAUUUACUUCCGCUAUGCAACUUUGUAAAUUUCGUUUGCAAAGUUUCGUCGGGUGAAAACGAAGUACUGACUGCAUUAAGAAGGUAGCUACAGCGAGCACCACAACAAUUUACGAACUAGAAAGAUCGUUUAGUUGUUUUGAUUCCUCAAGAGAUAUGGCUGAAACUUUAGCCCUUUUGAUUGGACCAAGUUAUCCAGCAGAUUUGCCAACCUACUGUGGCCCCUUGCAAGGUGUAGCAAAUGAUCUAAAGUUGAUGAAAGACAUGCUCUGUGAGAAUGGAUUCCAACCAGAAAACAUUAAGGUCCUUGAAGGCCUGCUGGCAUCACGGGCAAGCAUCCUAGCUUCCUUAGAAGAAUUGUCUGUAAGGGCACAAAAAGGUUCAGUGGUGGUUGUUUAUUAUUCUGGCCAUGGCCAUAGCUUUGAUGUUGAACAAGCUGGCUAUUUUGAUGAAGGCUUGAUUCCUGGAGACUUAACAAGAGAAAUGGUUGAUGAAUACCACAUCCUUGAUACUUGUAUAACAGGUGAACAUUUCAAUCCUCACCUGUCCAAGUUGAUUAACAAGGGGGCACUUGUCAAUGUUAUCUUUGAUUGCUGUUUUUCUGGCCGUAUGUACAGAGGUAAUUCAGAGGUGAAAAACACCUACACAGGCAUAAAACAGAUGCAUCUUUCUCCAUUUCAGGAGACACAGCCAGCCAAUCCAGCAAGUGCACCUGUGGCUCUACCCUACCCAGUCAGUGAGUUUUGGACUCCAGCUUUAAAGUCAGAAGGAUGGUCACCACAUGAGAAUGACAAUUUCAUUUUCAUGGGAGCCUGUGCAACAAAUGAAAAAGCCUAUGAGUUUAUGGAUCAUGAACUUGGUGAAAUCCAUGGAAUGUUUACUUCUGCACUGGUAGCAGUUAUCAAAGAGUCUCCACCAGGACAAAGACUCUCCUACAAUAUGCUCAAAAGUCUUGUAAGACAAAGGAUGGCUGACAAGAAGCAACAUCAGACUCCACAAUUUGAGGGGGGAAACAUGAAUUUGAUUCUGUUCAGCUUUGACAAAGCACCUCCACCUCCCAUAUCAUUUGAAGUGAAGGAAGUUCAUGACAAGAGAGAGUUUACAUACAGAAUCACACUCAAUGCUGGAUUUCUACAGGGUGUUGUUGAAGGAGUGUAUUACAUUUAUGAUACUAGACUGACAGAUGAAAAUCAAAUGGAGGAUUUCCGCGUGGCAACUGUUAAUGUCAGUCAUGAAAACAUCCAUGCAAUUGAGUCAACUGCUGAAGUGGAAAUUAACUCUAUCUUUCAUGAAUGCAAAGUCAAAGUGGGAUACAAAGCUCGCCUGGCCAAGCUAGGAAGUAUGUUCUAUCCCAUUUGCAUCAUUGCUACAGAGCUUGAAGAGAAAUAUAUUUGGGAAUUGAAACUGGCAAUAUUAAUGGACAACCUGCAGAUGUUCAGCUUAAGAGAACAAGACACACCCGAAUGUGUCAAGAUGGACGUGGUAACAAUCGAAGAGAGAAAAUGUUGGCGUGCCAUUUACAAAGGAAGGAUGAUUGCACCGGAUCAACGGGUUGAGGAUGGUCACCUCAUGAUAAAAAAUCUUUGCAAGUGUUUUCGUGUCAAGUUUGGGACCCGGCUCAGGGAUCCCGAUCACAACAUGCUGAGGAAUGUUAGCCUCAAGCUGUUCAAAGUGGAGAACGUGCCUUCCUACAAGAAAAAUCUGGAUAAGAAGAAGGAGUUGAAAGCUCAGGCUGUUCAAACUGCGGAAGUUUAUGAAGGGCACCCAGAGGAUUAUGUUCCAAAUUUUGGAGCCCACAAAGUCGAGCUUGCACCCAACUCGGGUUUUCGUAGAAAGUACGAUGUUGUAGAUUCUUCAGGUGACGCGGUUGUGAUUCAGAUCACCAAUAACGAGGAAUUUCCAAUUCACGUUUGUUUGAUUUCCUACCAGUCCGAUGGCUCCAUUGUUGCCUUGUAUCCGGCAGCGAAAAAGGGUCUCACCUCUGUGCUCAGGCCUGGUGAGUCAGUAACAGAGAUCAGGCGCGUUUUUCUCCAGCCUGAGACAGUCCGUCUCAUGGAAGAGCCCAAUGUUGAAUUAACAAGACCUGACGGAUGUAAUGACAUCAUUAUGUUGUAUGCCACCACUGCCGAGGCUGAUUAUCUGCCUCUGUUCCAGACUUCUAUAGAGCUCAGUCCUUAUUUGAGCACUAGAGGGAUUGACACACCCGACGGAUUAGGACUUUUCACCGUCGCCAGAUUUCGAGACGCUUUGGACUCCGAGCCUCGUAGCCGGGACGUUGCGCGCGAAGACGUGAGGUGGAUUACUAUAAAGCGAGAGUUCAGGGUGAUAUACCAUCCAGAACAAACCUUUGAGAAAAUCGACCCUCUCGAGGAGUAAAAGGAGCAAAGCAGGAACUAGGAAUGUUGUUCUAUAUUCCUUUUUUGAAUCUCUUCUUUUUUGUGCUGUUGUUUUUAUUUUAAUCUCCUAACAAAGGUUUAUUCCUGACAUUGACUGCAAUUUAACAGAUCUAAAUAUGAACAUUUAAAUUUUAAAGCAUUUAAGAGGGAUACGCGACCACUAAUCCUUUCACGCUCUGGUGUAACUCAAGUUUUUGGAAAAAAAAAAAAAACUUUUUGUGGUUGUCUUUUCUCUAAAGUUUUUCUUUGAGAACAGUGGAGCCUUAAGAAUAAUAUCGUUUUGCCUAAAAGUCGAAAAAAACCCGCAGAACUGCAUGAGCUAAUUUUGUUUUUAUCAAGAGCAUUAGUUUGAUUUUCUCUCUGUUAGAGGAACGGUAAUAAGGGUAAUCCCUUUCGCAACCGUUUUUUGCUCUCGUCACGCAUUGUUUUUCAUUUUCAUUUAAAGAUAGAAAACUGACAUGAUACUUUAAGUUACGGCUUCAUUCUCAAAGAAUAGAAAGGAAUUAAUUUA